AUGCAGCUCAAGGGCGAGAUCAUCGACUUCGAGUUCACUCUCGGCGGCGACGUCGACCACAGGAAACGCCGCAGAAACCGCACGACCCAGUCAUGCCUCAACUGCCACACCUCAAAGCGCAAGUGCGACCGCAAACGGCCUUGUUCGAGGUGCAUACAGCUCGGCCUGACCGGACUGUGCGUGUACGAGAUCGACGACCCCGCGUUGAGAGACGACCCGAACGUAGAUGAACCUACCCGUCUGCGCAACCGCAUCGCAGAGCUCGAGUCCCUCGUCCGCGAGCUCAGAGGUAUUGCUUAUUCAUUUCGCGCCACACUCCCACUCUGCAACGUGUUUUCGCUCAUAUAUUAA